AGAGGAAAGGGAACAAUGUCAGUCCCGAGGGCAAGGAAUAGGAGACGUGGUUCACGACCCUAGAACUGACCCAAGUGGCAAAAUCCAUCAUGACCGAUAUUCAUCAAACAAGGAAUCAUCGAGUCUCAUCCAAGGAGCAGAGCAGCAGAAUACAGUAACACCUAUCCACACCACGGCUGAAGUUAGGAAACAGGACUGUGGCUCCAGUGACCUCAACAACAAGGACGGACACAGAUCUAACGGCUACAUUCUCUGAGCUCCUGACACAGUGGAACGACUACCAAUUGUUCCAACUGAUAAAUUUCUAUCGGGAGAGACUGAAACCGGCGAUUGAAGAAGGGGUUGAAAGUCUCGGCCUCAUGAUGAGGCAGGAGGGAUGUUUCAGUGAACAAGAACACGGGAAUAUCGCUGAGCUCGUGGUAAAGGGAAACCGCAGAGACAGUUCCACACUCUUCCUCAGUCUGGUGAUGGGGAAGGGUAACCGUGCCCGGCGGGUGAUGUGGGAAUCCUUUGUGAAAAUGCAGAAUGAAUUACCAAAGCUGAACAAAAUACUGAAAGAAAUCCAGGAGCUCGGUCCUGAUCCACAUGAAUACAUGAACAUCCUCAGAGGUUUAUCUGUAUUACCCUCUCAUAUGGAAGAUGUUCAACAGGAACACAAGGAGACUCUGCGAGCACAGACUGAAACGCUGAGUGUGAACACGAUCCUGAUGAAGGAGAAGGUUAAGGUUUUCCCGUUGCUUGAUCGAUACGCUGAGCUCACAAUCAUCUCCACUGUUCGAGAUCGGACACUGGUAGAACAUGAGCUGCUGGCAAGAGGCCGGGACCAUGAAGAGUGGAGAGAGAAAUGUCUCCGGGGAAACCUCGAAAAAAUUAGGACAGAUCAGUUGUUCCAGAGCAGCUUUACCCGGAGGAAAUCCCGAUCUGGGAGUUCAGCAUCAGUGGCCGGAGUCCCGGGGAUUGGAAAAACAACAAUGGUGCAAAAGAUUGUUCAUGACUGGGCCACGGGGAAAAUAUACCAACACUUCCAGUUUGUUUUCUGUUUCAAAUUCCGGGAUUUGAACAUUACUAACUGCAGAGUAACCCUGAGGGAACUGAUUCUGGAACAGUAUCCUUACUUUGGGAAUAUCCUGGGAGAGGUCUGGAAGAACCCACAGGGAUUGCUGUUUAUAUUCGAUGGUUUGGAUGAAUUCAAGGGCAGAAUCGAUUUUGCUGACAGUCGGAGAGAUACAGAAACUAAGCACCAGUGCCCAGAUCCCGAGUGGCGGUGUGAAGUGUCUGACAUUGUGUACAGUUUAAUCCAGCAUAAGCUGCUCCCAGGGUGUUCAGUGCUAGUGACCACCCGCCCCACUGCAUUACAUUUACUGGAAAAGGCAGAGAUCAGUGUCUGGGCUGAAAUCCUGGGAUUUGUUGGUGAGGAACGGAAGGAAUAUUUCACCAGGUAUUUUGAAGAUCAGACGGUGGCAGCAGCUGUUUUCAAACAUGUGAAGGAGAACGAGAUCCUGUACACCAUGAGCUACAACCCCUCCUACUGCUGGAUCCUCGGCCUGACAUUGGGCCCCUUCUUCACACAAACACACCGGGACCCGCAGCGAGUUCCCAAGACCAUCACCCAAUUAUAUUGCUACUUUAUUUGCAACAUCCUGAAAAACCAUGGCCGUGAGAUUGAAAACCUCCGUGAGGAGUUACUGAGGGUUGGUCAGAUGGCCUUCACUGGAGUGUCCAAGAAGAACAUUGUGUUCACAGAUGAAGAUUUGACCAAAUACAAUCUGCAGCCUUCCCAGUUUCUGUCCGGGUUCCUGAUGGAACUUUUGGAGAGAGAGGAUUCAGCCCGGAGCGUGGUGUACACCUUCCCGCACCUCACCAUCCAAGAGUUUGUAGCCGCACUUACACAAUUUCUGACUGUAGAUCCCAGGAAUAUCGUGAAAUUCCUAUCUGAAGCCCACAGCACGACAGACGGGCGAUUUGAAGUAUUUCUCCGAUUUGUCGCUGGUCUCUCCUCCCCACGGUCAGCUCGGGUCCUGGAGGAGUUUCUGGGUCCAUUUCCUAAUGAAACAAUCUGCCGAGUAAUUGACUGGGUGAAGGAGGAGGUUAAACGGCAGGCUGGAAACACAUGGAGUGAAGCUGGUAAACGGAGCCUCCUGAACACGAUGCACUACCUGUUUGAAUCUCAGAAUCCUGCACUGGCUCAGCAGACACUGGGAUCUGUGGAAACACUUUCAUUCCAUGGACUGGGACUGACCCCGAUGGACUGUGCGGUCCUGUCUCAUGCCAUCAGGUUCUGUGAUACAAUCAAACACCUCGAUCUGGGGGACUGCCGCAUUCAGUGUGAAGGUCUCCAGCAGCUGGGACCGGCUCUGCACAAGUGUCAGCAUUUGAGACUGGGAGACAACCACUUGGGAAAUUCCGGAGUGAAACUGGUGUCUGCGGCUCUGAGGAACCCGGACUGUAAAAUACAGAAACUGGGGCUGGAUGAUGUCGGUCUCACAGAUACUGGAGCCAAGCAUUUCGCCUCCGCUCUCAGUACAAACUGCUCACUGACAGACCUGGAGCUGAGUGGGAAUAACCUCGGAGAUUCCGGAGUGAAACUGAUGUCUGUGGCUUUGUGGAACCCGGACUGUAAACUUGAGAGACUGGGGCUGGACAAUGUCGGUCUCACAGAUACUGGAGCCAAGCAUUUCGCCUCCACUCUCAGUGCAAACUGCUCACUGACAGACCUGGAACUAAGUGGGAAUAACCUCAGAGAUUCCGGAGUGAAACUGGUGUUUGCGGCUCUGUGGAACCCGGACUGUAAAAUACAGAGACUGUGGCUGGACAAUGUCGGUCUCACAGAUUCUGCAGCUGAUGAUCUUGCCUCCGCUCUCAGUACAAACUGCUCACUGACGGAGCUGAACAUUGGGGACAAUGCGCUGGGAGAUUCCGGAGUAAAACUGGUUUCUGCGGCUCUGAGAAGCUUCAACUGUAAAAUACAGAGACUAGGGCUGAACAAUGUCGGUCUCACAGAUUCUGGAGCCGAGGAUCUCGUCUCCGCUCUCAGUGCAAAUCCCUCACUGACGGAGCUGCAACUGGGGAACAACUCCCUCACAGACCGAUGUGUCCCCGCUCUCUGCCGCCUCAUACAGACCCUCCCGAGACUGGAGCGGAUCUUGCUGAUGGGGAAUCAGUUCAGUCGGACCGGGGAGAAGGAACUGGGGUCGCUGCAGGAACCCAGACGCGGACUGAGUGUGACCGUGUGAACAUCUCUGGGUGUGAACGUCACCACCCUGGUGACCAGAAUAUUGUUGGCCGUUUCGCUGCCCUCCCCUUUAAACGGCCGUCCUCCCCUUUACGCGGCCGCCCUCCCCUUUAAACAGCCACGCUCCGGGAUUAAACUACAAUGGUUCCAGGGUCGGGCGGGCGGUGACGUCAGAGGCGGCCCUGCCUGCUGUCACGUGACCCGGAUACGCGGCGCUGCUGCUGGUGCCGGAUAUCCGGUGCUGCCCCCAGUGGGGGACAGUGGAAUUGCAGCCGGACCUGCAGGAUCCCGGAUGUGACGUAAUCAUCAGCGGCCCCCGCUCCUGCUGCGAAUUGAUGGUGACAACAGCAGCAUUGUUCAAACUUCAUUCACACAGCAAUGUCUGUUACUGCUUUAUCAUUAGUAAAUCACAUGUAAAUAGUUUAUUACAGUAAUUUAUAUUACUAAAACUAAGAUCUUGACCACUUUCGGACUUUAUGUUUCUUGAUUUCCGAAAUAACGCCGCCACUUCUGGCCGUCAUUUUUGGCCUUCUUGGUUAGAGUCCCCCUCCACUAGCCUGGGCCGGAGGAUUUUUCCCCUAGAUGAAAAAUCAGAGAGGUAUUAAUGUUUUUAAAAAAUGGAGCCAUUCUCUCUGCUGCCCCCGCUGGCGGCAACGGGAGGACUAUAAAAUCCGGAAGUGUCGUGCCUCACUCAGCCUCUGCGAGAUGGAGGAAACGAGAGGGUCACGGCUCUCUGAGCUGCGAACACUGAACGCACAUCAACUCGACGGUGAGUCCUCUCGAUGUGAUUGUAGAGUGUUUCCUAAAUUGCCUUGGCUUUUAAAAAAAAUUCAGAAAAUGGAUUGGUUGUAAAGUAUUUGCCAAAUUGCCUUGUUUUUUUAAAAGUUUUCAGAAAAUGGAUUUUCAGAAAACCGCUAUUAGGGAAUCCCCUAAUAUUUUUGGUAUUGUACGCAGGAAUAAGACACAUAAGCUAUUUAUUUAUGGAGAUGAUCUGUUAUUAUUCAUUUCUAACCCUGAGAAAUCUAUUCCGGCAAUAGUAGCACUGCUUAAUCAAUUUAGUAGUGUCUCUGGUAUCAACUAAAUUUUAGUAAGAGUGAGCUGAACAAUCUAGUUUCGAAUUGUGGACAGUUUCCACUUAGACUACGGAAGGUUUUACUUAUUUAGGUAUUAAGAUUACAAAGAAACACAAGGAUUUAUUUAAAGCUAAUUUUACGCCUUUAUCAUAUCAAACAACAGUUUACUAAUUGGUCACCAAUGUCCAUAUCUUUAAUUGGCCGAAUCAAUGCUAUUAAAAUCUUGCCUAAUAUUUUUUAUUUAUUUCAGACGAUACCAAUUUUUAUUGCCAAAUCUUUCUUUGAUAUUAGUGAUUCCAAAAAUUCUUCAUAUAUAUGGCAGAAUAAAAAUUCCACGCAUAAUAAAACAUACUUACAGAAAAAGACGGUGGUUUGGCAUUGCCGAACCUCAGAUUCUACUAUUGGGCAGAUAAUGUUUGUUAUUUAAAGUUUUGGACAAAAGAUUUAGAAGAUGAAUGCCCAGCAUGGAUGAAUCUUGAACGUGAUUAUAUAAAAUGUCUAUCAUUGGCUUCUAUUCUAGGGGCCUCGUUACCUUUACAAUUAUGAGAUUGAAUAAAUGUACGACUAACCCGAUAAUAAGACAUACAUUUCGAAUAUGGUUUCAAUUUCGUCAGUUUUUUGGACUGAAUGAUUUUAUCUUAUAAGACCGAUCAUAUCUAAUUUUCUCUUCCAACCUUCUAGUACUGAUCGAACCUUUCUGUUAUGGAAGAGGAAGGGAUUAGUAUCUUUUCGUGAUUUGUUUUUGGAGGGUUGUUUUAUGUCUUUCGAACAACUCUCCAAUAAAUAUAAUUUACCUAAUUCACACUUUUUUAGAUAUUUACAAAUUAGACAUUUUUUAUUUUAAUACAUUUUUAUUAGAGGCAUCUACCAAUUAAUAAUCUGUAAUCCAAACCGGUAUAGACUUUGUUUAGCGGUUACAUAUUAGGCAUCCAGGUUUCCAUGGACCCAGUUACCAAAGUAGCUGGGAUCCUCCUUUAUCGGUUACCUAUUGUCUCUAAUUAUUUAUUUAUAUUUAUAGAUAGAAAGAAAGAAACAAACAAACAAAUUAGAGAAAUAGAAUAAACUGUCAAUAAUACAACUUGGGAGAUAGGUCCGUAGGUCAGAGAACAUAACUAUUCAUCUAGUUCUGGGUUCAGGCUUCAUUCCGGCCUCCGUGCCAGUCCGAUCUACCCCUUCAAGUAAUCUAUAAAUGGAAAUCAUAUUAUAAUAAAUAAUUCUGGUUUGUCAAUUAAGACAAAUAUAAUUGAUUCCAAAUCUAAUCUCUCCGACAUCUCCGUAAUCCACAUCUUGAUCGUGGGACUGUGGUUGGGUUUAUCCAAAAUGUUAAUAUACAUUUUUCCCCCAAUUAAUAUACUGUAAUCAAAUAAAUGUCUUUGGUUUAUUGUGAGUUUUAGGUAAUGUUCUGAUAUGCCCAAUAUUAUUAAUUUGGGGUCGGGAUCCAUUUGGAUAUUAAUGACUACAGAGAUUAUUUUAAAAUAAUCCAUCCAGUAAUUUUUAAUUUUAAUACAGUUUACAAAAGUAUGGGUUAAGUUAGCCAUUUGGCAUUGACAUUUAUCGCAGAUAGGAAAGAUAUUAGGAAAAAUUCUAUUUAAUUUUGUUUUAGAAUAAUGCAGUCUAUAUAGUACUUUAAAUUGUAUUAAAGAGUGUCUGGUAUUUAACGAACAUUGGUGUAUAUGUUGUAGGCUUCCGUCCCAAAUAUUUUUCGUUAUAGGUUGAACUAAUUCCUUUUCCCAUGCUUGUCUGUAUAAUUCUGUCAGCGGAUUCUCACUGUCUAAUAAUAUAUUAUAAAUGUGAGAUAUUAAUUUGACUGUGUUUGGGUAUUUAUUCAAACAUUCAUCUAGAAUAUCUAGUUCUGUAUUCUCGUGUAUGUGUUUUAACAUAAUCUUUAAGUUGUACAUAUCUAAAAAAAAUAUUUGAAUGUAAUCCGUAAUUCUGUUGUAACUCCUGAAACGAGAGUAAAAUAUCA